UGGGGCAUAUGUAUCCAUAUGCCACCAUUGUACAUGCCCUCAGGUUUAUUGGCCCUGGCCAUGUAGUACUAGUACAUUUUAUUCAUUGGAUUUCAGGCUUUCACUUCUCUGAGUUCUAUGCAGCUGUGGUCCUAUCAUGGUUUCAUGGGAGAAUGGUACUGUUACUAGGGAAACUAGUUUCUUCAUGUUAGAACUAGAUUUGCUCCGAAAUAAUGUCUGAUUAGGAGCUGUUUUUUAGUCUCGAGUAAUGAUUGCCUGCUGUCCCUAUCCCAAGGAAUCCAUGUGCUUAAUGGGCUCCUGCAGUUUGUCCACUUAUGCUUUCUUUUUCUUGGUUCUCUUGUCUCUCUAUCCAAUUUUCCCUCUAGGGAUUCGUUUAUAUAUUGCGUAUGGGAUGGAGGGAUGCUUGUUAGAUUAAUGCCAUUGCCCAAUUUGCCACAUGAUUUUAACGAUUCACCCACCCUUUUCGAUGUCUGCAUUUGCAAAUUCCUGCUGCAAAAGUCAAAACCAUCCUAUGCAGGGCUUACUGAGAUAAUUUAUAGGAUAUCACGUCAACAUGGUCAGGGUACUACGGGUUUACUCAGUGGCUGUGGCAGAAUACAGAGGAUACUCUGCAUAACUUCUAGGAUUCAAUUCUUCCGUUUCGCCAAGUGCUCUACUGUUAGCUUUGAACGCAGAAAGGAAGUACCUUUACAUUCACUGUAGAUCAUCUCUCUUCACUAGCACAUCCACAUGAUAAACAUCACAGCGGCAGGUGGUUGACAACUACUCUGCUCUGAGUCCCUCCUUGCACCACAAUCUAUUUCUUUUCUUUACAGCAGCAUAGUCGACCUAUUUAUAUAUGCUUGCACUGCUGCUGCUUCACAAUGUCCAUCACUAGCUUGGCAGUUUUGCUUUCGACCUUCGUGUGCUCCAUGGCGGAUUAGCAUCUUUAUAGUUGCCAUGGUCGAGUUGGAUGCAUAAUUGAGGUUAUCCAGCUAGGUGGCAUAUCAAGGGUUCGUUGUAAGAUUCAAUAUUGGAAGUCUAUGUAUGAAUGAGAUGCAUCAGGAAUAGGAGUACAUGCCCAGCAGAGCAAGGUGAUGCUGGUAGAAGGGUAGGAAGCAGGAUAGUUACAUCCAAGUGGCCUGGGGCGUCAGAUCACUCUGAUUGUGCGAUCUUUGUUCUGUCAAAAUCUGCCUACACACUUCCUUGGUUUUUGCCUUUGGCUCGGCCAGAUUGGUUUUUCCUUCACUGUAAAUUUCUAGAUUUAUUGCUCAUGUACAUUACUGGAUGGUUUCAGUUAUUUGUUCUAUUUGUAGACGUGAACAUGUGGUUCUAUGAAAAUCUUAGGGGACCUGUUAGAGCCACCUUUGCUUGACAAUUGUUGAUUAAGAGUACUUUUUGUCUAUGGUAAUGAUUGCAUUCCGUCCCUUUCCCAUGGAAAUAUGUUAAUGCCAUCUUCUUAAUGUUCUCCUGCAGUUUGUGUACUUGUACAUUUUUCGUGCUCAUUUGUCUCUGUAUCCACAUCUUCCCUGUCAAAAUUUGUUUAUACAGCAUGGGAGGAUGACUAUUAGAUUAAGACCAGUGCCAUAUUCAUGAAAUGAUACAAAGAUUCACUUCUGAUGAUGUCACCAUUUGCAAAAGGAUAUCACCAUUUGCAACAGUGCCAUGCAAUCUUGUGUUCUGUGCAGGAAAACAGUCUUAUGUUACUAUAGGGCCACACCAUUUCGAAACAGAAUUGAAUAAGUGAGCAAGCAUUGAGGGUCACGAUCUGGCCACGGUUCUGGAAUUUUCACCAGUGACAAAGGGCCCUCUGUGGUUGCUUUGAACAGGAGUAUGAACUAUCACUGACUUGGGGAGCAGUAUUUUUAUGGGAAGAGAAAAGCUCCAUAAGCAGCCCUCUGGUCGUCUGAUUGAAUCCCUUAAAAUGGAGAGGGUUAGGACCAUUCUGACUCAUAGAUACCCAUACCCACAUGAGCACUCAAGACAUUUCAUGAUUGCUGUGAUUGUUGGCUGGCUUUUCCUCCUUUCAUCGGAUAACUUACAAACCCUUAUAAUGAAACUGGACAAGAAUUUUAAAUGGUGGUCGAUGUAUGCCUGUUUGAUUGGUUUCUUCUAUUUCUUCUCAUCGCCGUUUAUUAGGAAGACUAUCAAGCCAAACUAUUCAAACUUUAGUCGCUGGUACGUUGCUUGGAUAUUCUUGGCAGCAUUGUACCAUCUCCCUAGUUUUCAGUCAAUGGGGUUGGAUUUGAGGAUGAAUCUUUCCCUCUUCCUCACUAUUUAUAUUUCCUCUCUAGUUUUCUUGAUCGUCUUCCACGUCAUAUUUCUUGGACUCUGGUAUUUGGGUCUUGUUUCUCGCAUGGCAGAGAAAAAGCCAGAGAUGCUUACUAUAAUCCAAAAUUGUGCAGUGAUAAGUAUAGCUUGCUGCGUGUUCUACAGCCACUGUGGUAACAGGACUCUUUCAAGGGAUAAAUCUAUUGAUCGUAGAACUGCUAGCUGGGUUGCAUUUUCACUGUGGAGAAAGCAAAAUGAGGACAAUACACUGAUUUCAAAGCUAUUGCGGAUGCAUAAGUUUAAAGACCAGAUUUGCUCGUCCUGGUUUGCUCCGGUUGGCUCUGCCAGUGAUUACCCACUUCUCUCGAAAUGGGCCAUUUAUGGAGAAUUAGCUUCCAAUGGAUCUGAACACUCGAACAUCAUUUCACCUGUCUACUCUUUGUGGGCCACAUUCAUUGGUCUUUACAUGGCCAAUUAUGUCGUGGAGCGGUCAACUGGAUGGGCUCUUACUCAUCCUUUAACAAUUUCGGAGUAUGAGAAUCUGAAGAAACUGUUGAAACCAGAUUUUGAGGACAUGGUUCCUUGGUACUCUGGGACCUCAACAGAUUUGUUCAAAACCGUUUUUGACCUCAUGAUAUCUGUGACACUCUUUGUUGGUAGAUUUGACAUGCGUAUGAUGCAGGCUGCUAUGAACAAAACUCCAGAUGAAUCUAAGAGCAGCGACCUUUUAUACGAUCAUCUUGAUGGGAAAGACGAACUUUGGUUUGACUUCAUUGCAGAUACCGGCGAUGGUGGCAACUCUACAUAUGCUAUAGCACGCUUACUUGCCCAACCUUCUUUAGUCGUAAAAUCUGAUGAUUCCAGGCUUAUAUUUCCCCGUGGAGAACUACUACUUAUUGGUGGAGACCUCGCAUAUCCAAAUCCAUGCUCAUUUACAUAUGAGCGGCGUUUUUUCUGUCCUUUUGAGUAUGCUCUCCAGCCUCCUGCUUGGUACACGCCUGAUCAUAUAGCAUUGGAAAAACCUGAACUUCCUCUUGGAGUUUCUGAGCUCAGACAGUAUAGUGGACCACAAUGUUUUAUGAUUCCUGGAAACCAUGAUUGGUUUGAUGGACUGAACACAUUCAUGAGGUAUGUCUGUCAUAAGAGCUGGCUUGGUGGGUGGUUUUUGCCCCAGAAGAGGAGUUAUUUUGCAUUAAAGCUUCCGAAUGGGUGGUGGGUUUUUGGUCUUGACCAAGCUCUACAUGGCGACAUUGAUGUGUACCAGUUCAAGUUUUUUGCAGAAUUAUGUCAACAGAAGGUUGGAGAACAUGAUUCUGUAAUUCUUAUAACCCAUGAGCCAAAUUGGCUUCUUGACUGGUACUGGGGUGAUAAAACUGGAAAAAACGUAACAUAUUUAAUACGUGAGUACCUCAAGGGAAGAUGUAAAUUGCGGAUGGCUGGUGACCUGCACCAUUAUAUGCGUCAUUCUUGCACUGAGUCCAAAGAACCAGUACAUGUGCAACACUUGCUUGUAAAUGGUUGUGGUGGAGCCUUUUUGCAUCCAACACAUGUCUUCGAGAACUUCAAGGAAUGCUAUGGGAACAAGUAUGAAACGAAGGCUGUAUAUCCUUCUUAUGAAGAUUCUAGCAAGAUUGCACUUGGUAAUAUUUUAAAAUUCCGAAGGAAAAAUUGGCAAUUUGAUGUCAUUGGUGGUUUUGUGUAUUUCGUGUUGGUCUUCUCAAUGUUUCCACAGUGUGACUCGUUUCGUAUCUUGCAUGAAGACUCUUGGGAUGGCCGUGUGAAUAGUUUCUUCAAUGCAACGUGGAAUGCUAUUUUUGAGAUUCUCGAGCAUUCUUAUGUAUCCCUAGCUGGUGUUCUUACUCUGUUGACGGUAUCAUUUUUCUUUGUACCCACAAAACUAUCACGUAGAAGACGUGCCUUGCUUGGCUUUCUUCAUGCUGCUGCUCAUAUAACUUCGGCAGUACUACUGAUGCUGCUUAUGGAACUGGGUAUUGAGAUAUGCAUCCGCAACCAUCUACUAGCGACAUCAGGCUACCACACCCUCUAUGAAUGGUACCGUCAGGCAGAAAGUGAACAUUUCCCUGAUCCCACGGGGCUUCGCGCUCGUCUGGAACAGUGGACUUUCGGACUUUAUCCUGCGUGUAUCAAGUACCUUAUGUCUGCCUUCGACAUCCCAGAGGUUAUGGCAGUAACUAGAAGCACAAUCUGCAGAAAAGGAAUAGAGUCUCUCCCUCGGGGAGGCGCCAUCAUCUACUAUGUGUCUGUCUUCCUCUACUUUUGGGUCUUGUCGACGCCCGUUGUGUCGAUGGUGUUUGGGAGCUACUUAUACGUGUGCAUAAACUGGUUCCAUAUCCACUUUGACGAGGCCUUCUCCUCCCUGCGCAUAGCAAAUUAUAAGGCGUUCACGCGGUUUCACAUAAAAAAGAAUGGAGAUCUUGAGGUCUUCACCCUGGCUGUGGACAAGGUGCCGAAGGAGUGGAUGCUGGAUCCAGACUGGGAUAUGGAGCCCAAGGAGCCAUUGCAGAUGAGCCACAGCAGGAGGUUCCCGAGCAAAUGGCGAGCCGCGUCGGGAUGGUCGGAUCCGACCAGCGUAGUUCGGGUUGUCGACCAGUUUGUCAUUCCACGGACACCGGUAGAUCCUCUUUUACUAGACUCUGCUCCGUGACCGACUUAAACAGGCCACGCUGUUGUAAACUUGUAUUAUAAAGUAUGUAGUUUACCUUGUGCCAUCUUCUUGGGAGAGGCUGGCUGUACAUAUCAUAGAACAAGUUACGAGGUAGAAAAGGUUUAAGAGAGAAGAAAAUGUAGAAUCAGCAGGAGGGAGGAAUGAUGUAUAUCUGUGCUAGAAUGAAGAUGAAGCAAUUGUGUACCAGGAAAUGAACAAAUUGCAUGUGUGGUUCAAGUUUUU